CGGCGAGGUGGGGGAGGGCGGUCCGUGUGUGUCUGUGUUGUUGUUCGGCGGCGGCGGCGGCGGUAAGAUGGCUGCCCACGGGGGCUCCGCGGCGUCGUCGGCGCUGAAGGGGUUAAUUCAGCAGUUCACCGCCAUCACCGGUGCAAGUGAAAGUGUAGGAAAACAUAUGCUUGAAGCCUGCAACAAUAAUCUGGAGAUGGCCGUCACUAUGUUUUUGGAUGGUGGCGGAAUCGCUGAAGAGCCCAGUACCAGUUCAGCAAGUGUCUCCACCGUCAGACCUCACACAGAAGAAGAAGUCCGUGCCCCAAUUCCUCAAAAGCAGGAAAUAUUGGUGGAACCAGAACCUUUAUUUGGUGCUCCUAAAAGACGACGGCCUGCACGUUCGAUUUUUGAUGGUUUCCGAGAUUUUCAAACUGAAACUAUUCGACAAGAACAGGAAUUAAGAAAUGGAGGAGCCAUAGAUAAGAAACUAACUACCCUUGCAGAUCUGUUCCGGCCACCCAUUGACUUAAUGCAUAAAGGCAGCUUUGAAACGGCCAAAGAGUGUGGCCAGAUGCAGAAUAAGUGGCUGAUGAUAAACAUUCAAAAUGUACAAGACUUUGCAUGCCAGUGCCUCAACCGUGAUGUAUGGAGCAAUGAAGCUGUGAAGAAUAUUAUCCGGGAACAUUUCAUUUUCUGGCAGGUUUAUCAUGACAGUGAAGAAGGUCAGAGAUACAUACAGUUUUAUAAGCUAGGGGAUUUCCCCUAUGUUUCCAUAUUGGAUCCACGGACAGGUCAGAAGCUAGUAGAAUGGCACCAGUUAGAUGUAUCUUCCUUCUUGGACCAAGUGACCGGAUUUCUGGGUGAACAUGGGCAACUAGAUGGACUUUCUAGCAGUCCCCCCAAAAAAUGUGCCCGUUCAGAGAGUCUUAUAGAUGCAAGUGAAGACAGCCAGCUAGAAGCAGCCAUCCGAGCCUCGUUACAAGAGACACAUUUUGAUUCAACACAAACAAAACAGGAUAGCCGCUCAGAUGAAGAAUCUGAAUCUGAACUUUUUUCUGGCAGUGAGGAGUUCAUAUCCGUUUGUGGCUCCGAUGAAGAAGAGGAAGUAGAGAAUCUUGCCAAGUCCAGAAAGUCUCCCCACAAAGAUUUGGGGCAUAGAAAAGAGGAGAACAGAAGGCCACUUACUGAGCCCCCAGCCAGAACUGAGCCUGGAACAGCCACAAACCACCAAGGAUUGCCAGCAGUGGAUUCAGAAAUACUGGAGCUGUCACCUGAAAAAUCAGAUGGAAUAGUGGAGGGGGUAGAUGUAAAUGGACCAAAAGCACAGCUGAUGUUACGGUACCCAGAUGGAAAAAGGGAACAGAUCACUCUUCCAGAGCAAGCUAAACUGCUAGCUUUGGUGAAGCACGUCCAAUCUAAAGGAUAUCCAAAUGAACGUUUUGAACUUCUCACCAACUUUCCUCGCAGAAAACUGUCUCAUCUGGACUAUGACAUUACAUUACAAGAGGCAGGCCUUUGUCCUCAAGAGACUGUCUUUGUACAGGAAAGAAAUUAACACCAUGGCCUGACCUCUCUCAGCUUACCCCUUUUAUCCCUUUUCCUGUGAGAUACCAUGUCACUAAGUAUGCAUUUUGGCUCAUAGGACCACAGAGCCAAAGUUGGGCAAGCAAGUCACCUCCCUUCUCUUAAUCUUAUUUUCUUGUUCUCACCUGUAAUUAAUCUCCCCUCUUUCUUUUUUUUUCUUUUCCUCUCUUGUUUUCCUUUUUUUCCUCCACUUUCUUCUUUACUUAAUCUGGUGACCAAAUGAAAGUGUAAGGAUAAGACCUCUCCUAGUACUAGCAGCAGGAAAUGUGUGUUCCAGUAAGUGGUCUCUUGCACGGCACUUUUUUGGGAUCAGAUGUUAAUGUUACUCCCCAGACUCCGUUGGCAAAGGAAUGACUAGAUUCAGAAGAAGGACAAACCUCCCUUUUUUGUAAGUUCCAUUUUUAAAGAAGAAAUUCUUUAACACGUGUUUUAUUUUGUUCUUCGUGUAGGAAGUACUGUGUAACAAAACACCCAGGCUUUUGUUUACAUGGAACAGGCAUCCCUUAUAACUAUUGCUCAUCAUAUUUAAAAAAUUUUCAAAGGAUUCCUAUCUUCCCAGCUACAAGAGUUAUUUCCAUGAUAUGCAUUAUUGGCAGAAUGAGUGUUAAAUGUAGGGUGUAUAGCAUGGGGUGGCCUUUGAUGUCCUAGUGUGAAACAGUUUUGUUCAUUAUUAUUCUGUUAAUUGUAUUAGUCCUGCUAGUCCUAGAAAGGACAUUAAGUGAGCAUAUUGUGGUGACUAGGAUAGAAAGGUGCUUGCUGUUUUUGCCAGUACAGCAUUUUAGUUCCUGUGGCCUCCUCCCUUGUCUGAGUCCACAAUGAUCUGUAGGAGGGCAGCCAGUCAAUAAUCAUGCAAUACAAAUGUCUUGUAAUUCUACCUACCAUGGUUAUUGAUUGACCGUUGUUCUUUAAGGCAUACUUAGGUAUGUCCUUGGGGAAAAGAAAAACAUGCAGCUGACCAUGUUCCUUUGGUUAGAAAUAAUGAUUAAUUUUUUUACCCCUGGUUAGAAUAGUCUUUGAAAGGCUCUGGUUACUGAAUGCUCAUAAUUCCUCAUGCUGUUUUCUUUCAGAAGAUAUCAAAACUGAAAGCCUCUCUCAGGGGAAGAACUUUAAACUCAAUUCAUAAGACAGCAUUUAGUAAUGGGAGUGGUGGAUAUUAUCAGUAAUCUUCAGAUGCUGUAGGUUUUUUCUGCCAACAAAAGCCACAUUCAAAUUGUAGUUGAUGAAAGCUUUUUCAGUAUUAUUUAGAAGAGGCCAUUUUGAAUCUAUAUAGUGCUACUUACGUAUCAGCUUUACUCAAUGCGCAAUUCUUAUUUUGAGCUGAAAUAGAGUCCUCUGAAGAUACAGUAAUGGCAGAAAUCAGAACUUUAACUUAUUGUGAAAUCAUAAUAUAGAAUGGACCUAUUUUGUCA